AUGGCUUUAUCUAAGGGACCACUGGCAAGAGCUGAGAAGAUACCAAGAGCAACUCUUGUACUACAGACAAGCAAAUGUAUAGCAGCUAUUGACUUUGGGACCUCAUCACUAUCAGUAGCAUACACCACUCCAACAACAAGAGGAGAUUUACAAGUUUUAGCACUACACAAACCAGAAGUAGCUGCUAUAGCUGCACAGCAUCAGUCAGAAGUUAAAGGCCUUCCUCCACAAAGAUAUAUGGUAGUUGAUAUAGGAGGAGGUACAGUUGAUAUUACUGUACAUGAUAAGAGUAAUGGGGGAAUUAGUGUAGUACUACCACCAAUGGGGAACACCUGGGGAGGAACAACCAUCAAUGAAGCAUUGUCAAUGCUACUACAAGAAGCAGUAGAUGAUAAAGGUUUUGUGUCUUUCAUAAAGUCAGAUCCAAUUAGUGCCAAGGCAACACUAAAUAAGCUCUUCUACGAAGAAUUUGAGAAACACAAAAAAGUAUUUGGUGAUACAAUAGUGGGUUUACAUGAAGUAGUAAUAAGCUUACCAAGCAAAUUAGUACAAUUCUAUGGCAGUGAUAAGCUUCAUGAAGCAAACCAGGUGAACAUGCAUUAUGAUCCAGGAGAUGAUUCAUUAACAAUAGGAUAUAGUCAAUUGGAAGAGAAGGUAUUCCAAUUCACAAUGGAUAUGAUCGUAGAGUGUGUGAGAGCAGCUUUUGAUGAGUUAAAGCCUAAUGGAAUUGAUACAGUUUAUCUAGUAGGAGGGUUUGGAGGGUGUAAGUUUGUUAGUCAAAGGAUAGAGGAAGCUAUCACUCAGCAUUGUGGUAUUCUUUAUGAUAAUAUAGUGUGUCCUGUACAACCAGAUCUUACUGUUGUAUCAGGAGCAGUAAUGUGGAGGAAAGAUCCUAACAUAAUCCAAUCACGUGUUGCUGAUGCUACCUAUGGGACAGGUUUUGCUCCUGUAUUUAACUCAUCAAUACAUGAUGAACACUACAAGUUCCUGAAUAAAGAAGAUGGUGGGCAAUAUUGCAGCUAUGUCUUUGAAGUAUUUGUACUCAAAGGAGACGAGAUAAAGGAUGAAGUAUAUAAAGCUAGACUAAUACCUCUUUAUCAAAGUACGACACAAGCUCAUAUCUCUAUAUACUGUACAGGAGAUGAUGGAGUUCAGUAUAUAAAAGAUAAAGAAGGUAAACCAACAGUACGUAAGAUUGGGGAGCUAAUACUUGAUCUUCCUAAUCCUGAUAAUCUACCAAGAACCGAAAAAAAAUUUGACGUAUUCAUGGAUUUCAGUGGUACAGAGAUACAAGCAAGAGCUCGGUAUAGUAUCACUGGAGAAGAAGUGAAAACAGUUUGUGACUUUCUAUCAAACCAAGACUAAUGGCAAUAACUUCUAGCAAGAAAAUGUACAUGUAGUGUAACUUAAAAUAGCAUUAGUAUUAGUUAUAGAUACCCGUAGUAUUAUAAAGAGAGUAACUUUUGUGUUUAUUUAAUUUUGAACCUUGAUAAUAGUAUUAGUAAUAGUAUUACAUUAAUAAAGUAACCUCUGUGUGCAUUUGAUUUUGC